AUGGUAUCCUUGGAAUUGGCUAAUAUUUUCUCCAAAAUCGGUUUCUGUGCAAGUUUUUUGGCAAACUUUUUUGUCAUUUAUUUGACAUUUUUUUCGUUAAAAACGUAGUCGGAACGUAUAAAAAAAUGAUCAUAGUUUUCGCACUAUGGGGAAUAAUAUUCUCGGCAAUAGAAGUACUUGGAAAACCAUUUGCUCAUAAUUAUAAUAAUUGUCUCAUGUACUUCAGCUUCAAUUUUUGGAUAAACUCAAAACAAAUCUCGGAAAUCCUUAUACUAGCAUGGGCAGGACUUUAUGCAACUAUACUAGCAUUUAUUACUGUUCUGUUUGUAUAUCGCUAUUCAUGCUUGAUGUCUAUGAAGGUUACAAAAUCAUUUGAUGGCGGUGGAGGGGUUCUGCUGAUGAUGUAUCCUAUUCUACCAGGAGCCAUUUAUGCUGUUAUAUUUUAUAUAUUCUGCUUGCCAGACAGUACUUCAGAUUCUUAUUUGAAGUAAGUUUUUUUUCUGAAGAUAACAACUUGAUUUGUGACAGAGACGAAAUACUGAACAACUACGGGCUGGUAAUCACAGAAGUUCCUCGGUUCAUUGCUCUUCCUUACAUUACGGAGAAAACUUUGAGAUGGCAAAGUGUUUAUUACUUUUCCAGUGCCGUUUCUAUCGUGUGUAUUCAUUAUAUAAUAAUCUUCUACUGCGGAUUGAAAAUGCACUUCAACAUGAAACAACAGCUCUUAAAGUUUUCUUCCAAAAACAGAAAGCUCCAACGUCAAUUUUUCAAGGCUUUAAUUUUUCAAAGCAUUGGGCCUACUGCAUUUUUAAUCCUACCAGCCGUCCCAGUUCUUUUGGGCCCCAUAGCUGCGUCCUAUUUUCACUUGAAAAUCAGUUGGCAGAAGGGAUGGCUGUAUUCUAUAAUUGGGUUAUAUCCUCCAUUUGAUAGCAUUUCUUUCAUGUUGAUUGUCACGGAAUAUCAGAAAAUUAUAAAAGGUUUCAAUGAAUAUAAAUUUUCUGAGUUUAUUCGUUUUUUACAGAAAGAUACUGGAGUCUUAUAUCGAAUGGUGGGACGGAGAACACACAAGGAAGUUCCCGAAAAAUGA